AUGGAUCGUCGUGAGGUGAAUCUGAAACAUGAUGAAGUAGAAAGAGCGUUAGAAGAAUUAUUUGGUGUCAGUGAUGGAGCGAGAUUUGAAGAUGAAGCGGAGGAUAACGAUGUAGAAGAUUUUUCUGGGCCCUCAAAUGAAAAUGUUAUGCAGCCACCCCCACCAAGGAGUUCGCGACACAGUCCUUCACUUAUAGAACAUGAACUUGAAGAAAAUUUUGAUCCAUCAGAAAUUGAGGACUCAGACGGGUCUGAUGCAGAUGAAGACGAACGGAAAAAGUAG